CCACCAAAAAUAUCACACACACUGCACAGUGCACGCUCAUACACCCCUUGAAUAAAACUGGGGCGUUAAAUUUUCGUUGGAUUACACUUUGUUGAGUGGGAUUACAAAAAUUAAUGCCAUCAUCUAUCUUGAUUAUGGUUUUCAAGAAAUCCCUUUUCUUCACGGAAUCAUAUGACUUUGGAGUCUUGAACAAAGACUAUUUCUCAACCUCUAUGCAUAGAAACUGUCCAGAGAAUCCAGUAAGAGAGACUUCUUAUUUUUGUUGUUGUGGUAAAGACAAGAUCUACAGUCUAAGUCGGUGAUAUGAACAUCAAGGAAGAGGAUUUCAAGUUGCCCUCUCAUUCAAUGGAAUCAAAUGACGGUAAUUCUGAAAGACUGCAGCCUCCAGCUCCAAAGAGGAUCAAAACAAUUACACCAUUUGAAGAUCGUCCCAACGAUGCAGAAGCAGAAAAUGUGCAUUCCAGCACCUAUCUCGAAGAUCAGGGCGGUGUGAAAUUUCCUUCAUCUUCUGACUGUGGAAGUGGGGUGUUGUCAUCUGACGAUGAGCAAAAACCUUGGCUUUCUAAUGGUUUCGUUAGAAUCCCUGAUGAUGAUACGAAGUAUGAGAAUAUCAAGAAAAAGUUGGUAUCAAGAUUGAGUUCUUGUGGAUUUAGUGCUCAAGUUGAGACCAUUCACAGAAAUGGUUAUUCGAGCAUGACGAGUCGAGCAAGGCUUCAUUCUUUCAGUAUAUAUUCAAAAGCCAUCCAAAUGAAGUCUCACGGCAAUGCCAAUUUGAAGUACGCUUGGUACGGUGGUUCCAAGCAAGAGAUUAGUGAAAUUCUUUCUUAUGGCUUUGGCCUUCCAUUGAACAACGGAGUCUACGGUUACGGUGUCUAUCUCUCUACAGUUGAUCACCCUCUUGAAAGUUUUCAAUCAUCAACUGCCGAUGAGGAUGGUCUAAGGCACAUGUUGCUUUGUCGUGUGUUAUUGGGAAACAUGGAGGUUAUUUGUCCUGGUUCAGGACAAUAUCACCCAAGUUCGGAGGAAUUUGAUUCUGGGGUUGACGAUUUAACGUCUCCCAAGAAGUACAUUGUCUGGACUACGAAGAUGAACACUCAUAUAUUGCCAGAAUUUGUUAUUGGAUACCGAAUAUCCUCAUGCUGCAACGGAUAUCAGAAGAUCUUGGAACCUCCUAAACAUCCGACUUCAGACUGGAUACAUUUGGACACUCUAAUAAAUGCACUUCCCAAAUUCUUACCAGCUGAUGCGAUCAAGUUGCUCUCCGAGCAUAAUAGUCAAUACAAAAAGCAGAAAAUAACGAGGCAUGCUAUGAUUCAGAGGGUGAGACACAUAGUGGGCGACGAUUUGUUGCUCCUGAUGAUAAAAUCUCAUGGCGAAAAGAUCAAAGCAUCAUAUGGGAGCGACAAGGACGAUCGGCCAACCAAUGAAAGAAUCUGAGUUUUUAAGAAGGACCCUCCGGUUUUGAUACAUGGGAUGUCUGUAAUAAGGUUUGUCUACUUUCAAAUAACUCUCUUAGUUCUGUCGAAACAGAAUAAACGGCUCGGAUCCCUUGUAGUAUUAUUGUCUUGCAUUAACUCCGUAUUUGCAACUUCUUGAAAUUUUGAGUAUAAAUACAGUGUAGAUCUUUUAUAUC